AUGAAUGAUGGGUGCAAGUGGGUGGAAAUGUUUGAAGAUGUUCGUGUAGUAGUAUUCUGCGUUGCCUUGUGUGACUACGAUCAGAUGUGGCUUGCCUCAGAGACUGGUGGUAGCGGACCAUUGCUUCAGAACAAGAUGAUACAAAGCAAGGACCUCUUUGAGUCACUGGUUAGGCAUCCCUGUUUUAAGGACACCCCUUUUGUUUUGAUUUUAAACAAGUAUGAUCUGUUUGAGGAAAAGGUCAACCGGGUCCCUUUGAGUACUUGUGAGUGGUUUACUGAUUUCAGUCCUGUUCGACCCCACCACCAGCAGUCACUAGCCCACCAAGCUUAUUACUAUGUGGCAAUGAAGUUCAAAGAAUUGUAUGCUUCCCUCACAAGUCAAAAGCUUUUUGUGUGGCAAGCUAGGGCACGGGACAAAGUGACGAUUGAUGAGGCAUUCAAGUAUAUAAGAGAGGUUGUCAAAUGGGAUGAGGAAAAGGAAGAAACUUACUAUGGUGGGGCAGAGGAUUCUUUUUACAGUACAACAGAUUCUCAGACAUUGCCUGAUGAGGAUGAUGAUGGUUUUAUGCUGUUGGAUAAAGAGCACACGCUUUUGCUUGACACUAACAUGAAACUAUUGCUUGACACUAACAUGAAACUAUUGCUUGACACUAACAUGAAACUAUUGCUCAUUAUGUACCAGCUCAUUAGAGUCAAUGCCAAGGGGAUGAAUGAUGGGUGCAAGUGGGUGGAAAUGUUUGAAGAUGUUCGUGUAGUAGUAUUCUGCGUUGCCUUGUGUGACUACGAUCAGAUGUGGCUUGCCUCAGAGACUGGUGGUAGCGGACCAUUGCUUCAGAACAAGAUGAUACAAAGCAAGGACCUCUUUGAGUCACUGGUUAGGCAUCCCUGUUUUAAGGACACCCCUUUUGUUUUGAUUUUAAACAAGUAUGAUCUGUUUGAGGAAAAGGUCAACCGGGUCCCUUUGAGUACUUGUGAGUGGUUUACUGAUUUCAGUCCUGUUCGACCCCACCACCAGCAGUCACUAGCCCACCAAGCUUAUUACUAUGUGGCAAUGAAGUUCAAAGAAUUGUAUGCUUCCCUCACAAGUCAAAAGCUUUUUGUGUGGCAAGCUAGGGCACGGGACAAAGUGACGAUUGAUGAGGCAUUCAAGUAUAUAAGAGAGGUUGUCAAAUGGGAUGAGGAAAAGGAAGAAACUUACUAUGGUGGGGCAGAGGAUUCUUUUUACAGUACAACAGAUGUGAGUUCCUCUCCUUUUAUCAGGCAAGAAUAA